AUGGCAACUAAGAUUUCAACAGAAAUAUUAAUUAAAAUUUUAAAAAAUGUUAAAUCAUCUCGUUCAACUCAAAAUUUAUAUUCAUCAUUAUUAGUUAAUCGAAUCUGGUGCAAAGUUACUAUACCUAUACUUUGGGAAUUAACUUUGGGUCAAGAAAUUUGGAUGGGUUAUGAGGUGGAAAAGAAAUCAUUAUGUAUUCGAACUUAUAUAUCAUGUAUGAAGACUCAAGCUAGAACUUCACUUAUUCAAAAUGGAUUUGAUUUAUCUGAAUCAAUUAUUUCAAUUCUUGAGUUACCUGGUGCUCCGAAAGUAUUUAAGAAAUUAGAAAGUUUUACUUCGAAAAUAGAAAAUAUUUGUCCAUUAUAUAAAUCAAUAGCAUUAAAUUGUGAUAAUAUUUUAAAUCUAGAUUUGUUUGUUUCAGAUUCUCAUGUUAUAUUAUCAGCAAAACUUAUUAGUGUCCAAAAACUGUUGGAAAAUCUAUCAAUUGUUGUUGUCAAUAAGCAUCUAGAUUGUAAUUCAUUAUUUUGGGCCAUCAUCAGUCAAAAAGAUACAUUAAAGAGUCUUCGUUUACAUUAUUUAAAUUUAAAUCAUGUUGAGUGGAAUUCAUCACUAAUUGGUCAAUUUAUUUCGCUUCAAGAACUUUAUAUUGAAGAUUGUUCUGGAUUUCAUAAAUCGGAUUAUUUAUUCUUGGCUUCAUCAUUUACUCAAUUAAGUAAUUUUCGUUAUAUUCAUUCGGAAUCUGCAGUUCAGGAGUAUUCUCAAGAAUUUAUUAUAAAAAUUCUCGAAACGGCCAAUAUAAAUUUAAAAAAUAUUUAUCUUGAUUUAUAUCCCGAAUUCACAUUUGAUAUAAUUUCGGCAAUUUUAAAUUAUUGUACAAGGAUUACUGAAUCAUCUCUAAAUAGUUUAAAUUCUGAACAAGUAAUAAAAAUAUUUAAUCAUAAUUUUAAUGAAUUAAGAAGAUUUCCAUUUUAUUGUGAAAUAGAAGGAUUUGAUGCUGAUGAAUUAUUAUGUAAAAUGGCUAAAAAUGUACCAGAAUCACUUGAAACUAUUGAAAUUAUAAUGGGUUAUGAAAAUCCGUGGAUGAUUAGUGCUAGUAGUUUAAGAAAAUUUUUUAGAGGGUGGUGUUAUAAAGGAUUAGACAGAAAUAAAAAUGUUAUUGCAAGAUACACAGGAUCACUACCAUUUACAUUAAGUGAUGAACAUUUUAAAGUUAUUGAAGAAUAUGGAGUUCAAUUUGAUAUAGAAUAA